UCUCCACAGUUGACUAAUUGUAAUUUUAAAACAUUAAUAUCAUACAAAAACGGUAAUCCAUUAAAUAAAAACAAUGUAAUUUAUUUUCGUACGUAUUUUAGUAAAUAAUAACAUAGUAUUACUUAAGUAUUUUUUCACAUGUUAUUACGGUGAUUGGAUCAUGUGAUCAUUGAUUAUAGUUGAUGUUAACAAAUCCUUAAAAUUAUUGAUAAAAUGGUAAUUAUUAGGAAAACGAUAAAAGAAUUUCAUAAGUUUUUGUUAGUGAAGCUGAUUGUAGAAAUUCCCAAUUUAGAUAUAAUUUCUUUAAAGGAAAAUUAGAUAUAAAGAUGGAAGCUGACAGUAAAGGGUAAUUUCCAUAUGAAGCCCCCCGAAAAUAUCGAAGGUAAAAAACUACGAACUCAACAGCAGCGACCAAACUGGGAAAUGAAAUGAGAAAUAGGAAGGCCAUAAACACAAACAAUGAGGAUAUUACCAACAUAUUACCAGAAGAGUGUAUUUCUUACAUCCUUUCCUUAACAUCCCCAGCCGAUGUUUGCCGAUCAAAGCUUGUCUCUCCGGUCUUCAGAUCGGCAGCUGAUUCUGAUACCAUUUGGGGCAAAUUUCUUCCCUCUGAUUGUUAUGAUAUCAUUUCCAAUGCUUCUUCAUCAUCAUCCUCCAAGUUGUUGACUUCUUCCAUGUCCAAAACACAGCUUUAUUUCCAUCUUUGCAAGAACCCCAUUAUUAUUGACAACGGUGCCAUGAGUUUUGGCCUCGACAAAGCAACAGGGAAAAAAUGUUAUAUGCUGGGGGCCCGACGGCUUUCAAUUACUUGGGCAAACACGCCUAGGUACUGGAGAUGGAAACGUGUGCCUGAAUCUAGAUUCUCGGAAGUGGCUGAGCUCAAAGAAGUGUGGUGGCUAGAUGUGAAGGGAACAAUAGAGACUAAAAUUUUGUCUCCUAACACAACUUAUGUAGCUUACCUUGUCUAUAAAUUUUCAUCAUCUAGAUACGGCUUCGAGAAAAAACCUGUAGACCUGCAUGUCGAGUUAGGGGAAAGUGAUGCCGGGCGAACUUUUCGUAUAUUCCUAGAUCCUUCAGCAAAUAUUCCUCAAUUCUCUCGCGAGAGAGAAGAUGGGUGGAUGGAGGUUAAGUUGGGUGAGUUCUUCAAUGAACAUGGGGAUGAUGGGAAAGCUACUUGUAGUUUAAGGGAAGUCGAUAAUUAUACCCCUAAAAAGGGACUUAUUAUUGAAGGAAUCGAUAUUCGGCCUAAAGAUAGCAGAUAGAAAAGAAUUACAUACUAUGUAUGAUAAACAUUAUUGCUUGUGACAUUAUACAACAUAUUUAGUGGGAA